GUUUCACACUCUUUGAUGGGCUCUGCUUCUCACAACAGAGAGCCUAAGCUCUCCGUUUUCUUCUGUUUUUCUUUCUAUUUGUUAACUUCAAAGGCUAGAGCUUUAGCACAAUAUUCAUCGCCUGUUUUUGCCUGUGAUGUUGUCACCAACCCAUCAUUGGCAAGUUUCGGUUUCUGUAACACUUCGUUGGGAUUCAGUGACAGAGUUGUAGACCUUGUCAAGAGACUCACAUUGCAAGAGAAAAUUGGCUUCUUGGUUGAUAAAUCUGCAAGUGUGAGUAGACUAGGGAUACCAAACUAUAACUGGUGGUCUGAGGCUUUACAUGGAGUCUCUUAUGUGGGUCAUGGUACAAAUUUCUCCAAUGUCGUACCUGCAGCUACAAGCUUUCCUCAGGUCAUCUUAUCUGCUGCUUCCUUCAAUGUUUCCCUUUUUCAAGCCAUUGGAAAGGUGGUUUCUACUGAAGCCAGGGCCAUGCACAACGUAGGAUUGACAGGCUUAACGUUUUGGUCGCCAAAUGUUAACAUAUUUCGUGAUCCCAGAUGGGGAAGAGGCCAAGAGACCCCUGGUGAAGACCCAUUACUCUCGAGUAAGUAUGCAUCAAGCUAUGUUAGAGGUCUGCAACAAAGAGAUGAUGGAGAUCAGAAUAGGCUUAAGGUUGCUGCAUGCUGUAAACAUUAUACGGCCUAUGACUUAGAUCAUUGGAAUGGCACAGACCGUACAAAUUUCAAUGCUGUGGUAACAAGGCAAGACAUGGAGGAUACAUUUCAACCUCCAUUUAGAAGUUGUGUUCUUGAUGGUAAUGUUGCCAGUAUAAUGUGUUCCUACAAUCAGGUCAAUGGUAAGCCUACAUGUGCUGAUCCAAAUCUUCUCUCUGGGGUCAUCCGAGGCGAAUGGAAAUUGAAUGGAUACAUAGUUUCUGACUGUGAUUCAGUAUAUGAGUUCUUUAAUAGACAACACUAUACCAAAACAACAGAAGAAGCUGCAGCUACGGCAAUAUUGGCAGGUCUGGAUCUCAAUUGCGGGUCAUUCUUAGGCCAACACACUGAAGCAGCAGUAAAAGCAGGAUUAGUUGAUAUGUCGAAUAUUGACAAGGCUGUCUCAAAUAAUUUUGCUACUAUGAUGAGACUUGGUUUUUUUGAUGGUGAUCCUACCAAGCAAAUCUAUGGAAAUCUUGGUCCAAAAGAUGUUUGCACAGCAGAAAACCAAGAUUUGGCCCGCGAAGCUGCAAGACAAGGCAUAGUGUUGCUCAAGAACAAUCCAGGCUCACUGCCUCUAUCUCCAACUUCCAUAAAAAUGCUGGCAGUAAUUGGACCAAAUGCCAACGCGACAUUAACAAUGAUUGGAAACUAUCAGGGUAUCCCAUGCAACUAUACGACUCCUUUGCAAGGACUAACAGCAUUGGUUGCAACUGCUUAUCAUGCAGGCUGCUAUAAUGUUGCAUGUGACAAAGCCCAAGUAGAUGAUGCCAAGAAAGUAGCAGCCUCUGCAGAUGCUGUUGUGCUUGUCAUGGGUGCCAAUGGAUCUAUAGAGACUGAGGGUUUUGAUAGAGUUGAUCUUCUUCUUCCAGGACAGCAGUCACUUUUAGUAACAGAAGUAGCAAGUGUUUCCAAGGCACCUGUGAUUCUUGUUAUAAUGUCUGGAGGUGGCAUGGAUGUAUCAUUUGCAAAGAAUAAUGACAAAAUAACAAGCAUCCUAUGGGUUGGCUAUCCUGGUGAAGCUGGUGGAGCUGCCAUAGCUGAUGUGAUUUUUGGGUAUCACAAUCCAAGUGGAAGACUUCCAAUGACAUGGUAUCCACAAUCAUAUGUGGACAAAGUACCAAUGACAAACAUGAACAUGAGAGCAGAUCCUUCGACGGGCUAUCCAGGCAGAACCUACAGAUUUUAUACUGGAGAAACUGUUUAUUCAUUUGGAGAUGGGCUUAGCUAUUCCACAUUUGAGCACAAACUAGUUCAAGCACCUGAAGUAGUAUCUGUCCCGUUGGAGGAAGACCAUCCUUGUCGAUUCUCGAAAUGUAUAUCAAUUGAUGCUGUUGAGAAGAGUUGUGAAGAUUUAGCUUUUGAUGUGCAUUUGAAAGUUGAAAAUACAGGAAUAAUGAGAGGAAGCCAUGUAGUGUUGUUGUUCUAUAUGCCUCCGUCAGUGCACAACUCACCACGCAAACACUUGGUGGAUUUUGAGAAGGUGCUUUUGGAUGCAAAAACAGCUACAAUGGUGCAGUUCAAGGUUGAUGUUUGCAAGCAUUUGAGCAUUAAUGAUGAAUUUGGUAGCAGAAAAGUUGCCUUGGGAGAGCAUGUUCUUCACAUUGGGAGCCUCAACCACUCGUUCACUGUGAGGAUUUGAAUCAGCUGAGCUGAUAUCUUCUUGCUGGUGUAAAAAUGUUACUGUAAUAUUCUGCAAGUAUGCUUAGUUCAAUGAAAGUCAGAUGAGAUGCUUUUCUAGCAUUUUCCUCUUCUUUGUUGUGUUUUUCAAGUCUAUUAACUCCAACAACUGACCAUAUGAUCAACUCAAAAUUCUCAAGCCAUUCAGAAUCAAUAUCCUAAUUUC